AUGCGCUCCCUUCAAUUCUUGCCACUGGCGCUCGCCGUCGUGGCCGCCGCCCAAGUUCCGACAAACAGGUUCAUUGUUGAAUUUGCCGAAACCUCUCUCUUUCGAGCCGAGAACCACAUCAACGCGACAGACGGCAUCAACGUGCUCCAGACUUUUGAGUCGGACGUCUUCCGUGGAGCCAGCAUAGAGCUUGACGGCGUGACCCCUGACGACGUCCUAGCCCUUUCCGAAGUCAUAGCCAUCUGGCCAAACGAACGAGUCGAGCUUCUUGCCCCUGUCAAGCAGCAGACCGCCGCCGAUGAGAACGCCGCCGCCGAGUAUGCCGUUCACUGGGCCACGGGCGUCGAAGAGCUACACAAGCAGGGCAUCUAUGGGGAGGGUGCCAAGAUCGGCAUCAUCGACACAGGGAUCUGGUACAACCACAACGCGCUUGGUGGUGCCUUUGGCGAUGGUUCCACGGUCGUAGGCGGGUAUGACUUUGUUGGUGAUUCCGAAUGGACCCCCGGCCAGGCCAAGAAUCCCGACGAGGACCCGAUCGAUCAACAAGGCCAUGGUACGCACGUUGCUGGUAUCAUUGCCGGCAAUUCAUCGACGGGUUGGCUAGGUGUCGCCCCGCGAGCAUCAUUGUAUGCAUACAAGAUCUUUAGCACGGGCUCGACGACCGACACCGCCACCAUCAUCGAGGCCCUUCUCCGGGCAUAUACCGAUGAUGUUGACAUCAUCACGGCAAGCAUUAGCGGCGCAGGUGGCUUCGCGAACAACCCCUGGGCUAUCGUUGCGACUAGGCUUGUUACCAAAGGGUUCAUCAUCACCAUUGCCGCCGGAGACUCUGGUGAGGAUGGGCCAUUCUCCAUCGGCUCUGGAGGCUCCGGUGACGGCGUUCUUGCCGUCGCCAGCGCGCAUGUCCAGGCUUCGAAGAAUCAGACCCUUCCCAGCUCGUUCACGUCAUGGGGUGGCCUGUUCGACCUGAACUCCAAGCCAGACAUCUCGGCCCCUGGAACGGACAUCUUCAGCGCAUGGCUCGGCGAGGGAGAUGGUGAGGGCUCCUUCGCCUUGCUGAGCGGGACAGCAAUGGCAACGCCCUACGUAGCCGGCGUGGCGGCCCUGUGGGUGGGAAACUUCGGUAACAAGAAGAGUCAUACGGCUGUAUAUGCAAAAUACAUCACCAUGAGGAUCAUCAACUCCGGCAAGGCACUUCCGUGGCUGAACUACGAUGGAACCGCCAACACUGCCUUCAGAGCCCCUCCGCAGCAAGUUGGCUCAGGCCUUGUCAACGCUGCGCAAGUCAUCGAGCAGGUCACUAGCUUGGCGUACAAGCGAUUCUCGCUCAACGAUACCGACAAUUUCCAGUCGAGCCAGGUGUUUACCAUCGAAAACACUGCCCAAGUGCCUGUAGUCUUUACCUUCGAGCACUCGAGCGGGGCUGGCUUUGAGAUCCUCACGGACUCUGAUCCUGCGCAGCCAGAUAAGGUCCCUCGAAUUCGAACUCGGGAGGAGCUUGAGCCUAAGCGCUUUGAGGCCAGUGUGGAGUUACCGUCGAGUGUUACGCUGGGUAAAUAUGAGACAAGGCAGAUUGAAUUCGUGUUCACACCACCAACCAGUCUUGACGCAUCCAAACUGCCGGUCUACGGCGGUAUCAUUAGUGUCAAGUCGAAUACUACUGACGUAUUGGUCGUGCCGUACCAGGGCGUUGGUUUCAGCUUGAAGGAGCAGUUCAGCAAGCACUUGUUUGCGGGCUCGUAUCCUCAGCUUGGAUCGGCACCGGCCAAGAAUAAGACGAGCUUCACCUUUGACCUGAGUCUGCCGGCGCAAGACUUUCCCAAGAUCUUCUGGAGUCUAAACUGGGGAACCACAGAGCUUCGGUUCGACAUCUACGGUCCUGGCUUUUCUGCUGAGAGUGACUGGGUCUAUCCCCCCGCCGUUGGCGAGAACAACUACAUUGGCUCCACCGCCCCUUGGAUCAAAGCCAACGGCGUCGAGACAUUCGAUCCGUCCAAAGACGACAAGGAAGACACCUACACGUUCCCCUUAACCAACGUCAACAGGGACGCGGAUAGCUCCGUUAACAGCGUUUUCUGGCUGGGAAAGCUCGCCAAUGGGACAUACAUCCAGCCAGGCACCUACACCAUUCGCUUCGGGGCUUUGAUCCCUUUCUCUGACCCUAAAAAUCACGAGAGCUGGAGCACCUUGACGCAAGAAAUUCAAGUGGUCAAGAAAUGCAAGCGCGCCGUCAGCACUGCAUAG